AAUUUAAUACUAGUAGCUUUAAAGAGAAAUUGCAAUAAUGAUUACAAUAAAAAUGUUAGAAUAUAUUUUGUAACACUUUGGGACAAGAUUAAAAAAAUAUUUAAAUAUCUACAACAGAACCACGAUGGAAGAAAUGUGUUCAAAAAAUGCUGUAUUCCAACUCAAUUUUGACUAAAAUGUACAUAUAGCUCCAUAAUUUGUUUAGUCUACAUGACAGACUACUGUUAUUGAUAAAAAUCAUUAGUAACAAUGGGACAUAAUAAGUCUACGAUUUCGUUGGUGGUACGACAAAUAGUUUUACAGUACAGAUUAUUGUAUGCCAAUAGUAUUUUUGUAUAGUUAAAUGUACAGUUUAUAUUGUAACAUAAAUGUCUUAUUUUUAUUAUUAUUCUUAUCUUACUAGUAUUUUACUAACUAGUAAUAAAUAGUAAAUUCUAAUGUCUGAAUUCAGUAUGUAAUAAAAUCUUUAUAUUAAAACAAGUAUGAAAUGAAAAAAAAUUAGCUGUCAUUUGUACAUGGAUGUCAAAUGUCUACUUGCAGUAAAUAACAUUACACCACUUAUGAUAGGUGGUGACCGGUUUCCGUCCAGCAGUGCACAUCUCCCACAUAACAGCAUAGGUAAUGACCGAUGGAAGGGGAAACAGUGUGCAGAACUGGUAUAUUCUCUUUUGGAACGGAGUAUAGAAAUAUGAAAAAUACUGGCUGUGAAACCCUGAUGAAUCAACAAACUCCAAAUUACUGUCUUCUCACACGCGUAAUAAGUGCCUACAGUAUUUUGUUACCACAUUAUUGUACGAAAAAUAAAUACGAUCUGAAGCCGAGAAAAUACGUGUGACGUCCUUUGAGGGCAGCAUGAAUGACACCAAAACAAUCGAUCUUCCGGGUAGCUCGGAGACGCUUGACGGCGAUGAACCGUUCGCAUGCAACAUUUGCAACAUGUCAUUCACUCAAAGUGGCCAUUUGACUAAGCAUCGACGAACACACACAGUCGUGGAACCAUACCCAUGUGAUAUUUGCGACAAGUCGUUUGCUGACAACAGUCAGCUGAUGAAGCACCGACGGAACCAUUUGGUCGAAAAACCGCACACUUGUGAAUUUUGCGACAUGUCUUUUGCUCAAAUCAGCCAUCUGAACAAGCACCGGCGGUCACACAUGGGCGAUAAACCAUUCCCGUGUGACAUGUGUGACAAGGCGUUCGCCGAUAACAGUCAUCUAACCAGACACCGGCGAACUCACACAGGUGAGAAACCUUACCCGUGUGGCGUGUGUGACAAAUCGUUUGCUGAUAGUGAUGGGCUGACGAAACACUGGCGGUGGCACACGGGUGAAAGACCAUACCCUUGCAACAUGUGUGAAAAGUCAUACGCUGAUAGUAGCAGCCUGACGAAGCACCGGCGGUCGCACACCGGCGAGAAGCCGUACUCUUGUGAUGUUUGUGACAAGUCCUAUUCUCAAAGCAGUCAUCUGACAAAACACCGACGUACACACAUAACUGAUAAACCGUUCCCGUGCGAUGUGUGCUUUAAGUCAUUCACGGAUAACGAUUUUCUUACAAAGCACCGCCGGACCCACACGGGCGAAAAACCAUACCCCUGUGACGAGUGUGAAAUGUCGUUCGCUCAAAGCAGCAAUCUUACGAAGCACCGGCGGACGCAUACUGGCGAAAGACCGUACCCCUGUGACAUUUGCGAUCAGUCGUUCGCUGUUAGCGCCAGUUUGACUAAGCACCGCAGGACGCACACCGGCGAAAAACCAUACCCUUGUGAAGUGUGCGACAAAUCGUUUGCUGAUAGUGGUAGCCUGACAAAACAUCGGAGGACGCACACGGGUGAAAAACCCUAUUUAUGUGACGUAUGCGACAAGUCGUUCGCUAUUAACGGCAAUCUGACGAAGCACCGCCGGAUACAUACGGGUGAGAAACCUUAUUUAUGCGAUGUGUGUGAUAAAUCAUUUGCUGAUAGCAGUGGUCUAACGAAGCACAAGCGGACGCACACGGGUGAGAAACCUUACUUGUGCGACGGUUGUGAAAAGUCGUUCAGUGAUAGCGGUACUCUGAAGAAACACCGGCGAAUAAAGCACACACAACUGGAGCAGCCAAACAUGUCAAAAGAUGUCACGACCCUGCCCGACGCAUGAUUAUGAUAAAUUUAUUCUUACAAUGUUAUAAUUCUAUAUUUAUAUUUGUUGGAUAGUACCACAUAACUGGUGGGUACAAGAGGAGUGAUAGGGUGAUUCCAAGAUAUUAAUAGAUUUGACUAUUUAAUGUUGUAGUUUUUAAAAAUUUAAUAAUUUAACUAUUUAUUAUAUUGAAAGCUUAAGAGCUGUUAUGGUAGUAUAUGUACUAGUAUACUAGGUAUUAAUAAUAAAUACGUUUUAAUAAAAGAUGGCUAAGAGACCAAAAGUUAUGUAUCCAAUUUUUCUCAAAAUCAUUUUUUAAGUCCCUUGGGUUAAUUUGGGUUGUCUUUUCAUUCGACAAAAAAU